AUGGAAUCCUUCAUCAUCAAGACCCCCUCCUCCAGCGCAAACAUUGGACCCGGCUUCGAUGUCAUCGGCCUGGCCCUCUCCGUCUACCUCGAGCUUCACGUCACCAUCGACCGGUCAAAGACAAAGUCCGAGCUCCCGCUCAACUGCAGAAUCACUUACGAGGGAGAGGGAGAGAAUGAGAUCAGCCUCGAUCCCGAGGUCAACCUCCUGACCCGCGUCGCUCUCUACGUCUUGCGCUGCAAUGAACAGAGGUCCUUCCCCGUCGAGACCCAUGUGCACAUCAAGAACCCCAUUCCUCUAGGCCGUGGCCUGGGUAGCUCUGGUGCUGCUGUCGUUGCUGGUGUUGCUCUGGGCAAGGAAGUUGGAGGUCUCAAGCAUCUUGAUAAUGACCGACUAUUCGACUACUGUCUCAUGAUUGAGAGACAUCCUGACAAUGUCGGUGCUGCCCUCUACGGCGGCUUCGUCGGAACCUACCUCAAGCCCUUGACCCCCGAAGACGUUGCUCGUACAGAAAUUCCUCUCAGCGAGGUUCUUCCCGCGCCCGCCGGAGGAGAGGAUACUGGAAAGAAGCCCCCGAACCCUCCUCACGGAAUCGGUCACCAUAUCAAGUUCCCUUGGGCCAAGGAGAUCAAAGCUGUUGCCAUCAUCCCUGAUUUCCAGGUUGCUACACAUGCUGCGCGAGGUGUGCUACCAGCAAACUACACUCGCCCCGAUGUGGUCUUCAAUUUGCAACGAAUUGCGCUUUUGCCCGUCGCCCUUGGCCAGUCUCCUCCCGACCCCGAGCUCAUCCACCUCGCCAUGCAAGACAAGAUCCACCAGCCUUACCGACAGACCCUGAUCCCCGGCCUCACUGAGAUCGUCGAGACAAUGUCCCCCAAGACCGACGAGGGCUUCCUGGGAGUGUGCCUUUCUGGCGCUGGUCCCACGAUCCUCGCUCUGGCGACGCACAACUUUGAGGCCAUCGCUGACAAGAUAAUUGCCAAGCUGCGGGAACACAACGAAAAGAAGGAUCUGCCUUGUCAGUGGAAGGUCCUCGAGCCUGCUGAGGGCACUCAUGUUGUUCGAUCAUGA